CUUUGCUGAAAAUGUUUCUUGGAUAUCAGAUUAUACACAAAAGCGAGAUUGGUGGCCAUACAAAGACCAAUAGCAUUUGUUACAAAGCCACUGGGGCAUAACUCAAAGGCUGCUAUCGAGGAUACCACAGCCAUCAACUUCCUGGUUGGAUACGAAUGUCACCAGACGUAUUUCACUACAGAGAAGUACAUCUAAAAUUAGAUUAUCAUGGACGUCUUGUUGACUCUCGUUGUCCUCACACUGCCGUCAGUAACCUCAGGUCUACAGACCUGCUCUUUGGGAACAGAGAUCAGCUCUAAACAAAUCCUACUGGAUGUGUCUACAACACAGAUCAACACAGGGGGAGGGAUGUGUUCCUGUAGACUGACUGUGUCACAGAAAUCACAGCUGGAAGUGUUCCCGAAUGACUUGACACAACAGUGUGAUACAUACAUGACAAUACAGAAGUGGAGGGCUAGUUCAGAGUGUACAAAUGGUAUUAUUCAAACUAUACUUGGACAGACUCGCACUAUCAACACUGGUGAGGAGAUAUGGAUACUGGUGGUGGCCACAAGACCUGGAGCCAGAGGAUUGUCUGGACAGCUGCAGUUCAGGAUUAAAUCGUCAUCAGUCCAGCUAAAGAUAGAGUGUUUUGAGCCAAACACUAACAGUUCCACAACUACAACUCUUUCAACAGCCUCGGUAUCAACAUCUUCGUCGACAUUUACUACAACCACUUCUCCAACCAAAGAGAGACUUAUAUCCACAUCCCAGCCUACCACAGAGACACAACGUCCAACCACUAUUACUCCUCAAGGACAAACGACAUCUUUGUCUACUGGAGUAACUGCAGGGGCAGAGACUACUAAAGUUACUAAAACUCAGAUCCCUAAGAAAAUCUUUCCAGGUGGUAUCUUUGCUGCUGGAGUUGCUACAGGUGCCGUGCUGGUCGUCAUUGCUGGUGGGCUAAAUGUCGCCAUAUCAAGAAGAUGGUGGAGGUCCCGUCAAAAGAAGUCUGAUGAUAUUCCAGUCUCUGAAGUCCACCCCACCUACUCAGGGCUCAAACCAAGAACACAGGAGCCGAGUAACACCUAUGACAUAAUAGAUCAAAACCCCUCAAAGGGCACAGCCAAUCCAUACAUCAAUGUGACAUAGAUGUACUGCAAUUUGUUUUGCGUCUCGCUUAACGAGAGAAGGGUUAAUCUUGUACCCCUGUUACCACAAUUAUUUUAACAUUGAUUGGAUGCAUCUAACAUAUUCAAUCUCAGUGUAUGUUGUGUGUAUAUGAACAACCGCGUACGUUCAAAUCUGGAGCCUGUGUUUCACAAUGUGUGGAUAUGGACAUCCGUACAUGUGCAUGUAGAUCCAAGGACUUUGUACCACAUGCCAGGACUAAUAAGGACAUUACGUGCACUGCAAAUCAAAUAAAUGCCUACGCCUGAAGCUGAAAGCCACGAGAGUUAACGCAGCGAGUGAGAGCUCUUGGUUUUACGCCAACUGUAGCAAUAUUCCAACAACAUCUUGGCGGGCGACACCAAGGCUUCACACAUUGUAUCCAUGUGGGAAUCGAACAUGGACCUUUGGCGUGACGACCGUAUGCUUUAACCACUAGGCUAUCCCAUCGCCCCUAACACAGUGGAUCCUGGUCAUAUGCACAGGAAUAAUUCAUAAUGUCAUUAACGUUGUUCAUGUGUCCACAUACUUGUGAACGUCUGUGGAUAUUCGUUAUCAUUCUUGUGGAAGGGAAAACUAAUGUCGUCAUUGGCAUGCAAAAGAAGUCCAUCUUUUACUAAUUUGAUACUUGGCUAGCAGUUUUUCGUUCGUCCUGUUCAAACAUAAUGAUUCAUUGUCUUUUCUCACCAUACAACAUUGACCUUAGCGCCGUGUUGCUGCUUUGCAUCGAGUAUAUAGACUGGCUAUAUAGGAUGAGGCCAUGCAGUAUGAUAAUAAGGGUUAGUGUUAAAGAGCGAUGUUUGUAGAGAUGUUUCUGAGUAGAAAGGGAGAUUCUGAUCACUUGCACAGGAACAAUUCAUAAUAUUAUUUCACGUUGUUCUGUGUCUUAAUACUUGUCAACGUCCGUGGAAAUAAUGUCGUCAUUGUCAUACCGAACAAGUCAAUCGUUUACUAAUUUGAUUAUAGGCGAACAAUUUUUCGUUCGUCUUGUUCAAACAUUCAAUCAUUAUGUCUUUUCUUACAACAUGAGGCCAUGCAGUGUGGUAAUACCGGUUAGUGUUAUAGAGUCAUGUUUGUAUAUAGGCCUUCUGAGUAGAAAGAGAGGGACGGAUGACCAAGUUGUCCACGACGGCGCAAUGGUUUAUCAGCCCACACUCGUUAGUUUCACCAAAGCUGUAACACUUGCAUCACAUUGGGCGUUUCUCUCAUACAGUUCAAAGCAGAGUUAACCCUGCGAUAACCCUAUAACACUACUUUCUUAUUUCAUCAGGGUACAACACAACUUUAUAACUACUAGUAUAACAUUGUUAUAAUCACAACAUGAGUGUUUUAUAUAAGGGAUCAACAACGUCCCAAAAUGUGAUUUAAUACACACGAAGAGGAAUAUUUAUCUUACGAAAUACUGACGUACGGACGUUAACGUCUUGUUCUGUUUAUACACAUACGGCAACACAGCUAUACAAGUAGUAACAAUGACUCGUUUGACAUCGUAUCUAUUAUACACUUACUUCCUGCUGGUAGUAAACAUAACAGCAAAUUUCUGUACUUUGUAUUCCCAAGGCUGUAACAUGGGCGUAUACUAGUAUGUCACCACCGGCCGUGUCCUUGGAGUGCUUUUAACGAUCUAUAAUAAACUCCUUGACUGACGCAUGUUUAUGGGAGACUAAACAAGAAUAAACCUGGUGUAAAUGGAGGUUUUAUGUGAUACUCGCUAUGGAGAUUAAGCGUGACAUAAACUAACAGCUGGUCUGUUUAAGUGAUGCAAACGGCAAGGAGGGCAACAUAUGAGGGUGAGGAAGUAGUGGAAACGGUGUACCGAGUACUGGGUAAUUAUAAAACAAACAAGUCUGUGCUGUUUCACAUGAAGGAUUGUUUGUGUUUUGAGGCAUGUUCGUGUACCUAUUUCUGUGCAACAAUAAAAAACGAGUUAUUUCUAGUAGAUAUUCUUUGACUAAAUAUCUAGAUGUGUUUACUAUUCUUUGCGAAGGUGGAAUUCAGAAUGAUUAAAUUGACAAUUCUUGAAAUAGA